AUGGUGGACUUCGUAAUGACAACUCCGUUGCAGGACGAGUCGGUGACAAGGACGCCUUUGCUGAUACUCACAAAUUUGCUUUCGGAGAACAAAGACAGUCCAGACUGGGAGGAAUGGGCUGAAACUACCACAAGCGCAGCCGCCCCACUCCUAGCCGAGAGGGGGGUUAAUGGUGAACUGUGUGCUCUUCUCGCCCGGCUGUGCAGGCGAAGACCGAGAUCAGCACCUUUGCCAGCGUUGGCACCACCUGUAAGACGAGUGCUGACACGAAACGUCGAUUUCGGGAAGGCGCCACAUGCGCGGGAGUUCGUUCGAGAAUACAUCAGCGCCUUAAGCGCCCACAAUUCGGGGGCGAGCUUAGUACGCCGAUUUGUGGAAGUCACUCACGGGAACCGGGCUACGUGUCCCCAUCCACGUGCAGCUCCAAACCUGGCUGCCGUGGUGCUGGCAGCUAUAGAUGACCACUACCGGAAUUACACCUUGCCCCACCAGUGCGACGAUACGGAACACGAGGUGCUCUGCUUCGCGGAUAUCUUGGAGCACAUGUGUGAGUACGAAGACUGGUUAACAGUAGUGGGUGGGGUUCUGCAGCCGGUACCAAUUUGCGCGAAUGCUAUGGCCUGUCCUCGGGUGGCGUUUCGGCUGGGCAACGUGCUGAGUGCCUUGUCCCGGGACGAGCGGUGUUCCGUACACAGUUGUGUGGCGUCCACCAGGGCUGCGCGGCCGUGCCCACCUUCCUGGCUAAGAGCAGCUGCCCCCUCGGAGCCCAUGCUGUCUUUACCGCACAACAAGCUGUGCAAAGUUUGGGGUGACAUGGUGCAGGCCUUACUUAAGUGCUGUUGCAAAAGGAAAAGCUUCCUUCAGAGUAUGAGCAAGCAACUGCCCGAUUUCAUGAUCGUCGCGCUGACAGAACACCCCGCAGCUCUCGAAUCACUGUGCUUAAUGCUAGAGUGGGAAGUGGCGAGUUGUGAACAAACGCAGCUCGAAAUAAUUGCAGCUUUACAGGGAACAGAACUAGGAAAACAGUAUUACACUGAUUUGUGCGAACGCCAAAAAACAUUACAAAGACUGCAAGCACACGGGGGCCCCAAACGUUUGGCCUUACCCGUGCGUGCCACCGAUGAAGAUGUAGCUGCCUUAUUGGAAGCGGGAGCUCUCGGGAACCUGGAGUGUCUUAGUCUUGCUUUUACCAGCGUCACCAGCGCUUGCGCACAUCAUCUAAUAAAGCUACCUUCGCUUCGCUAUCUAAACUUAUGGGCAACAAAGUUUGGAGACAGCGGAGUGCAGUUGAUCGCUGAACAUCUGCCGCGUUUGCAGGUUCUGAACCUUUGCGAAACUCCUGUCUCCGAUAAGGGAAUAGAGGCAUUAUCAGGCUUAUCGAGUCUUCGCAGGAUCAACCUGAACAGUACCAAACUAUCCGCAGAGGCUUUCGAGACAUUGCGCCAACGGUUACCGCAACUACAGGAGUACGAUAUAAGAUAUACAGAAGCCUGGUGA